CGAUGACUCCGCCCCCGGCCCCAGUACUAGCCCCCGGGGGGGUCUGGCCUAAAGCAACCCCGGCCCCAGUCCUGACUCCGGCGAUGACUCCGCCCCCGGCCCCACUACCAGCCCCCGGGGGGGUCUGGCCCAAAGCAACCCCGGCCCCGGCCCUGACUCCGGCCAUGGUUCCGGCCCCGGCCCUGACUCCGGCCAUGGUUCCCACCAUGGUUCCGGCCCCUGCCCUGACUCCGGCCAUGGUUCUGGCCCCGGCUAUGGCUCCGCCCCCGGCCCCGGCACCAGCCCCCGGGGGGUUCCAGCCCAAAGCAACCCAGGGCCCCGUCCUGACUCCGGCGAUGACUCCGCCCCCGGCUCCAGUACCAGCCCCCGGGGGGUUCCGACCCAAAGCAACCCAGGGCCCCGUCCUGACUCCGGCGAUGACUCCGCCCCCGGCCCCAGUACCAGCCCCCGGGGGGGUCUGGCCCAAAGCAGCCCCGGCCCCGGCCCCGGUCCUGACUCCGGCGAUGACUCCGCCCCCAGCGCCAGCACCAGCGCCCGAGGGGGUCUGGCCCAAAGCAGCCCCAGCCCAGACUCCGGCGAUGACUCCGCCCCCGGCCCCACUACCAGCCCCCGGGGGGGUCUGGCCCAAAGCAGCCCAGGCCCCGGCCCCGGCCCAGACUCCUGCGAUGACUCCGCCCCCGGCCCCAGCACCAACGCCUGGGGAGGUCCGGCCCAAAGCAACCCCGGCCCCGGCCCAGACUCCGGUCAUGGCUCCGCCCCCGGCCCCAGCACCAGCGCCCGGGGGGGUACGGCCCAAAGCAACCCCGGCCCAGACUCCGGUCAUGGCUCCACCCCCGGCCCCAGCACCAGCGCCCGGGGGGGUCCGGCCCAAAGCAGCCCCGGCCCCGGCCCAGGCCCCGGCCCAGACUCCGGCCCAGACUCCGGCCAUGGCUCCGCCCCCGGCCCCAGCACCAGCGCCCGGGGGGGUCCGGCCCAAAGCAGCCCCGACCCAGACUCCGGUCAUGGCUCCGCCCCCGGCCCCAGCACCAGUGCCCGGGGGGGACCGGCCCAAAGCAACCCCGGCCCCGGCCCAGACUCCGGCCCAGACUCCGAUCAUGGCUCCGCCCCCGGCCCCAGCACCAGCGCCCGGGGGGGUUCGACCCAAAGCAGCUCCUGCCCAGACUCCGGUCAUGGCUCCACCCCCGGCCCCAGCACCAGCGCCCGGGGGGGUCCGGCCCAGACCAACCCCGGCCCAGACUCCGGUCAUGGCUCCGCCCCAGGCCCCAGCACCAGCGCCCGGGGGGGUCCGACCCAAAGCAACCCCGGCCCCGGCCCAGACUCCGGCCCAGACUCCGGCCCAGACUCCGGCCCAGACUCCGGCCCAGACUCCGGCCCAGACUCCGAUCAUGCCUCCGCCCCCGGCCCCAGCACCAGCGCCCGGGGGGGUCCGACCCAAAGCAACCCCGGCCCCGGCCCAGACUCCGGCCAUGGCUCCGCCCCAGGCCCCAGCAUCAGCGCCCGGAGGGGUCCGGCCCAAAGCAACCCCGGCCCCGGCCCAGACUCCGGCCAUGCCUCCACCCCAGGCCCCAGCAUCAGCGCCCGGUGGGGUCCGGCCCAAAGCAACCCAGGCUAUGGCUCCACCCCCGGCCCCAGCACCAGCCCCAGCCCCAGGUGGGGCCCGGCCCAAAGUAACCCAGGCCCAGGCCCCCGCUCCAGCACCUGCCCCCGGGGGAGGCCGACCUAAAGCAGCCCAGGCCCCGGCCCAGGCUCCGGCCCCGGCCCAAGCCCCUGGGGGGGCCCGACCGAAAGCAACUCCGGGCUCGGUUCCAGCUCCAGCCCCAGUCCCAGCUCGGGAGCCUAAUCUAGUCAAAGUGAAGACCGAACCUUGCGCAGUCCUGGACUUGACCCAGAACAAAGCUGCCCCAGACCCGGCCCAGGAGGAGCGGCGACUGCGGCGGCAGCAGCGACGGCAGCAGCAGCAGCAGCAGCAGCAGCAGCAGCAGCAGCUGUUACUGCAGCAGCAACAGCGCCAGCUGCAGCGCCAACAGCAGCGCCAGCAGCAUCGCCAGAUGCAGCGUCAGAUGCAGCAGCAGCAGCAGCAGCGCCAGCAGCAGCGCCUGCAGCAGCGUCUGCAGCAGCGCCUGCAGCAGCAGCAGCAGCAGCGGCACUAUCAGCGGCAGCAGCGGCGAUUGCAGCAGCGACUACUUCAACAACAACAGCAGCAGCAGCAGCAGCAGCAGCAGCAGCAGCAGCAGCAGGCUCAGCAGGCUCAGCAGGCUCAGCAGGCUCAGCAGGCUCAGCAGGCUCAGCAGGCUCAGCAGGCAGUCCAGCGCUUAGCCCAGGGGGUGAUUCGAGAGGAGCUGAUCCCGGGCCCGAACCCAGUUCGGGUGGUGUUGCGUCGAAAGAUAGGCCCUCCCCCUCCCCAGGGGGUGGUCUGCUGGCAGAAGAGCGGCCCCACUUGGGUCCUCGAGGUGGUCCGGGAGAGGCCCGUAGUGGUCCCAGUUCCCGGGGCUGCUCCUCCUGCUCAGGCCCAGGAGCCGAGGCCUCAGGAGCCGAGGCCACAGGAGCCGAGGCCUCAGGAGCCGAGGCCGCAGGAGCCGAGGCCGCAGGAGCAGAGGCUGCGCCAACAGAAUAGGGUGCGGGAGCACAGGGUCCGGGAGCACGGGGUCCGCGAACACGGGGUCCGCGAGCACGGGGUCCGGGAGCACGGGGUCCGCGAGCACGGGGUCCGGGAGCACGGGGUCCGCGAGCACGGGGUCCGGAGGAGGGCCUCCGGGAAGGCAGCAGUGAAAACGCCUACUCGAGCCCUAGAUGUAGAUGCCUACCUAGAGAGGAAGGCCAAAAAGGAGAAGAGGAGGAGGGAGAGGGAAAAGAGGAAGAAGGAGAAGAAGGAGAUAGAGGUAGUGGACUUGGUGGACGAUGAUGAUGAUGUACAGGUGGUGGAGGUGAAGAAGGAUGAGGAUGAUGAUGUACAGGUGGUGGAGGUGGUGGAGGUGAAAGAUGAUGAUGAUGAUGUGCAGAUAGUGGAGGUGGUGGAGAAUGAGGCAGUUGAGGUGGUGGAUUUGUUGGAUGAGGAUGAUGACUUUAACUACGGGGUAGCCGGCCCGGCACCCAGGGAGAAUGAAGACGAACUGUGGUUCCAGCUUCUUCAGAUAGAGGAUUUUGGAGGGCCCUUGGGACCCUGCCUACCUCUGUUUGAGGACUUAGAGGACUGGACCCAUACUCGGGUCCGAUCUAUCAUCGCCGGCUGGGUGAUGGAUUAUUUAUGCAUGAAUAUCUGCCACGCCUUCUGUGAUGACCUCUUGGAGGAAUUCAACCAGAAUAUCACUGCCAUGGAGGCGGUUUCUUGUGGGGUCCACAAUCGGUCGCUCCUUCAGCUAAAAACUGUACAUAUAUGUCAGUUCUUAAAAAGAAUUUGCAAAGGGAAAUGCAUAGACAUGCGCUUUGAGGGCAACACAGUCAGUACUCCCUUGGAGUCAGCAUUGGCUAUGUGGGUUAGGAUGGGCUACUCAAAAGAUGUGCGUUUUGAAGAUAUCUAUGAUUUACUUAGAAUCCAGGCUGUAGCAAUAUGCCUGGAGAAAAAAGGUUUCCGAGAGGCAGAGGCAGUCUUUAGGAGAGUGUUUGGUGAAAAUGACAGCAAUAGGCCUCUGAAAAAGAUCCUGUUCAGAGUAGUGGCCAAGAGAGAUCCUAACCAUACUUUCUUUAGCUACUUCAGCUAUGACUGCCUGAUAAGGAAAGUCAAAGCUUUCGUGCACCACGUGAUAAAUGAAAAAUCUUCCAGCUUUCUGAUCAAGAAAGCUACCAAAAUAGUGAAAAAUACUGCCCCGGCACCUCCAGUUGUCAGGGAGGCUGAGGAAAAUCCUGACCAACUCGCCAUUGACGAUUCUGCAUGUCCAAAAUUUCUAGUCAAGUCUGAUAUGAAUUACUUUUCUCUCACACAAAUGAAACGGCGAAAAGGAAAGCAGAAGGUUGUGGAUGACACAGGCAAAGAAAUGGGCCCUCAAAGGAAAAAGGCCAAGCAGAAACGCAAAAACAUCGUCCCUGAAGAUGUGGAAACCAUCGAAGAAGAAGAAGAAGAAGAAGAAGAAGAAAUAGAAGAAGAAGACGACGACGACGACUACGAAGAUGACAAUGAAGCAGGCACCUCGGACAGACCCUCUGGUAAGAAAAGGAGAGCCUGGACCUGGGAGGAAGACAUGAAGCUGAGAUCCGGGGUGAAAAAGUAUGGAGAGGGCCAGUGGAAGAAAAUCCUCUCACGCUACGGGUUCCAAGACCGAACCAACGUGAUGCUGAAGGACAGAUGGAGAACCAUAAAGAAAGCCGAAGUACUUUCUUCAGACAGUGAGGACUGAGGGGUUAAGGUGGAAAAAGGUAAAAAAAAGAGAAAAAAGCAUCUCGAUCAAUGGGUUUCAAACUUAACCAGUCAAUGUUGUGUUCUGAAGUUUUAAAAAUGUUUCGGUGUGAUAGUAUAUUUUCUCUGAAACAAAGUCAUUUGACAGGCUUCUUCUUACUAUUUUCUUAAGCCUUAUACUCACAGGACAAGUCAGGUUUCUGAACCGUGCCACAUACUUUCUUACAUAUACACAUGAAGCCUAAAGAAGAAAAAAAUUCUGACCAUUAUUCUCUUCGGUUUACAUGAAAUAACCUGAACAAGUCUUUUAUCAAACCAAAUUUGAAUGUUCUGAGUCACUGCAGAAUAUUGUCCCCUUAAACUAGGGGACAAUGGCCUGGUUUUCUGGUCUUAGUAUGUCAUUUAAGUUUUAAGGCUCUCUGAUAAAAUCUCAAGUGUACAAUGUUACUUCAGCAUUAUCUAGCUUCCCACGAGGGAGGUUGACAACAUAAAUGAUAUACCUACAACAAAACUUAUACUCUUGCUAGUAAGUGACACAGCCCUGUCUGGAUUUGUAAAUUUCUUUCCAAACAGAGAUCCAUCUUCUUUCUCUCCUCCCUCCUCCAACGGAGGAAGCAAAAAAAAAGCAAAAAAACAAAAAACAAAAAAAAAAACAAAAAAAACAACAAAAAAACAACAACAAAAAAAAAACAAGAAUAAAAUCCUUGUUAUAAACAUAAAUGGUCAUUCAAAGAAAUUUCCGCUUUUGGCUAUGUUUAAAAAAAUGAAGUGUCAAUCUGCCCUCUGAGUGUGUCAUCUUUCUAUCAAGAAAUGGGUAACCUGUUUCAUCAUGAUCUUCUUAAAUUGUGAUUGGUUAUUGUGAUCAGAGUUUCUAAGUCUUUCAAAGUUGAUUGUCUUUACAAUAUUGUUGUAAUUGUAUAAAUUGUUCUCCAACUUUGUUCCAAUAGACAUUUAACUUAAAUGUUAGGCUAGAUUCUGUAGUACAUGAAAAUGUACACCAAGUUCUAUAAUUUUGAUGUUAUUUAACAUAACGCCAGCAAAGUGGUUGAAUUGUACUGUGAACGCUUGAGACUUGAUACCUCAAUUAGCAAUUUUAAUAUCACUCUGAUUAUUCCUGCUUAGCUUAAGUGUGUUGUUCACUCCUCCAGGAUUUUGUUCUUUACAUGUCUUGGUCAAGGAAUUAUAUAGAAUGACUUAUUAGUAGCUAUGAAUGUACCAAAUUAGCUAGAAUGUGUUUCUUCCUUAAAUUAGCAAAUAGGAACAAAUAACACCUGCCAAUUUCAUUUAUGCUAAUUCUAGAUUGCUUGGCCUCUGUUAUCCGUGGAAGUUUGUAUAUAGAAUUUAAGAAAGUGUGUCUGUGUGUUCCUUCCAUUUCCUAUCAAAUUCAGUCUUAAAAAAAAUAAAUCUUUUCUGUUUCAAUGUUCCAAA